CAUUGAUUUGGUUGAGAACAGUUUGUGAGCCAUGUCUGGCCGGGGCAAGGGCGGCAAGGGGCUCGGCAAGGGCGGCGCCAAGCGCCAUCGCAAGGUGCUGCGCGACAACAUCCAGGGCAUCACCAAGCCGGCCAUCCGCCGCCUGGCUCGGCGCGGCGGCGUCAAGCGCAUCUCGGGGCUCAUCUACGAGGAGACGCGCGGCGUGCUCAAGGUGUUCCUGGAGAACGUGAUCCGCGACGCCGUCACCUACACGGAGCACGCCAAGAGGAAGACGGUCACGGCCAUGGACGUGGUCUACGCCCUCAAGCGCCAGGGUCGCACUCUGUACGGCUUCGGUGGCUAAACUCGCUUCUCGCUGCUGCAGCUUAGCGCAUUUACAACACAAAGGCUCUUUUCAGAGCCACCCACUUAUUUCAUAAAAAAGAGCUUGUAAUCGCUG